AUGCUUGGCAGCAUUCCAGAUACUAGGACGUUAUUGCUUUCAAAGCGGCAACAAAGUAGCGAGCUCAAUGGGAUUGGAACCGCGGAUAUGGAUGCCAUACAGCUGGAACAAUGGACCGAAAAAUCGAACGUUCUCAGGACUGAACUUAAGGCAUGGGAGAAGGAAUUCGCGUGUGGGAAUGAUGGCCGUAAAGCUGGACGGGAAGACAUAAAGAAGCAUCCUGAUAUUGCUGCCAAAUAUAAGGAGUACAACAAAACUCGAGAUAUACUAUCUGGGAAAGUGCAGCCUCCCAAAUCCAAACCGCAUCUUGAACAGCAGACACCACGAAAACGAAAGUUCGAAGAGGAGCACGAAUCUACACCCAAACGACAAAUAGUCCAGACACCUUCAAGAGGAACGAUACUCCCGUGGGCUGUCGACCCUUACGAUUCGCCAUCGGUCAUUCGAAACCUCUUCACGCCCGUGAAGAAGACGGCCCUAGGUCCAACACCUCAGAAGGACGGGCAAGUUCUAGGAAUUUUCGACCUGCUACAAAAAGAUAACGAUGCAUCCCCCCUGAAGUUAACCAACCGCAAGUCCAUCGAACGGCAAGUCACCACCCAAGAAACGCCUCGAAAACGCAAGGAGGAGAACAAUGGCCGACACAGUCGGACGCCAGCAUCCACAGGAAAACGUCAUAUGUUGGACUCAUUUGCUACCCCUUUGAAAAAUCGCACCAUCAAUGGACAAGGAUCCAAAACACCAUCUUCAGUAUCGAAGCUUCAAUUCUCCACCCCAUCCUUUCUUCGAAGAGAUAGCCAGCGAAUGGCAUUACCCCCUGUAGACGAGAAUGAAGACGGCAUACUUCUCUCGCCCCAGAUGGCGCGUGUCCCGCGGAAAACCAUGAUGAGAGGCCUAAGUAGUAUGCUUGCUGGUCUCCGAAAAUUGGAAUCGGAUGCCGCAGAUGAUGACCUCGCCGUUCUUCACGAGUUGGAGAAUGAAGCGGCCGGUACCUCAAUUAAACCUCCCACUAAGCCGAAGCCCAACUUGCCGACAAUGAACGACGAUAUCCUUGCAAUAGACAGUCAACCGGGCUUCCCAUUAGGUGGGUUCGAUGAUGAGGCGCAAUUCGAUUCGGAUCCAGAGGAGGUAACGAAUCCACCUCUAGGCCGAGACGGUCAGCCAUUGAAAGUAUAUAAGAAGAAAGGCCAGAAACGAACAACCCGUCGUGUAAAAAUGAAACCAACACGCACUAAACCCGGAGCUCCAACAAAGGUGCCCGCCGAAAUAGAUAGCGAAGACGAACUCAACAAACCUGUUCUGGAAACCAACAAUGAGGAAGAGGCGGUACAAGUAGAAGAAGGGGCAGCGGAGUUUGCGGAUUCUGCACGAAACUUUGACUCAGACUCUCAGUCUGAAUAUACGGCUUCAGAGGGCGGAACCCGAUAUAGGAGACCGGACCAGAACAAGAAAAGAAAAGUCAUGGGCAAAGAUGGGAAGAUUAGGAGUGUGGCUAGGAAAGUGACGGCUGCUGCUCAUCAAAAUUUCAAGAGGCUUAAAUUACGGAAUUCAGGAGCCAAGGGGCCCGUAGCUCACAAUAGCCGAUUUAGGAGGAAGAGAUGA